AACGGUCGCGGCGCGACGCCGCCGGGGCUGGAGCGCGUGAAUGGGGCGGAGCUGGGGCGCGCCGGCCCGGGGGACCCGCCUUCAGCGAGGGCGCUGCCGCAGCAUGGAGGACGACGCGCCCGUGAUCUACGGCCUGGAGUUCCAGGCGCGGGCCCUCACUCCUCAGACCGCGGAGACAGACGCCAUCCGGUUUUUGGUUGGGACGCAGUCUCUCAAGUAUGAUAAUCAGGUCCACGUCAUAGACUUUGACGACGAGAACAACAUCAUCAAUAAAACUGUGCUCCUGCAUCAGGCGGGGGAGAUCUGGCACAUCAGUGCCAGCCCGGCAGACAGAGGCGUGCUGGCCACCUGCUACAGCCAGGCUGCAGACAGCAAGGUGGUGACCUGCGCCGCUGUGUGGAGGAUGCCCGCGGAGCUGGAGCCUGGCGGCCAGGAGUCCCCCGAGGAUGCUGCGAGCCCUGCACACGCCCUGGAGCUGCUCUGUCUCCUGGAGCCUGCGGCCCGUGGCAGCACCGCCUGCGUCGCCUGGGAGCCCGCAGGAGACGGGAAGAGAGUUGUUUCACUGGCCGACAGCCACAUCCUGCUGUGGGACUUGGAGGGAAGCUCCAGCCAGGCCACGCUGGCCAGCUCAGCGUCGCUGGAAGGGAAAGGACAGCUGAAGUUCACGACGGGCCGCUGGAGCCCACAUCACAACUGCUCCCAGGUAGCCACGGCGAACGACACGGCCAUCCGAGGCUGGGACACGCGGACCAUGAGCCAGAUCUACUGCAUCGAGAGCGCUCACGGCCAGCUGGUGCGGGACCUGGACUUCAACCCCAACAAGCAGUACUACCUGGCCAGCUGCGGGGACGACUGCAAGGUGAAGUUCUGGGACACCCGCAACGUCGCCGAGCCCGUCAAGACCCUGGAGGAGCACUCCCACUGGGUGUGGAACGUCCGCUACAACCACUCGCACGACCAGCUGGUCCUCACGGGCAGCAGCGACAGCAGAGUCAUCCUCUCCAACAUGGUGUCCAUCUCCUCCGAGCCCUUCGGCCACCUGGUGGAUGACGACGACCUGAGUGACCAGGAGGAGCGCCGUCUGGAGGAGAAGAGCCAGGAGCCCCCUCAGGACAGCGUCAUCGCCACCUACGAGGAGCACGAGGACAGCGUGUACGCCGUGGACUGGUCCUCAGCCGAUCCCUGGCUGUUCGCCUCCCUGAGCUACGACGGGAGGCUCGUCAUCAACCGCGUGCCCCGGGCGCUGAAGUACCACAUCCUGCUGUGAGCGCCGGGCUGCCUAGGGACCCCAGCCACGGUGUGUGGGGCCCAGGCUUUCCAGGCAGAGCCCCGUCGGACAUGGGCGCCCACAAACAGUGGCAGGGCCUCUGCCCGCUGGCCUCUGCACCUGCCGUCUCUGCCCUGGAGACAGAGGUGCCCAGGCUGAGCGGGGCGCACACUCUCCUCCGGCUCUGAGGGCCGUUGGGCAUUUCCCUGUGGUUUGUUUCCCUGAUGUCGACGUCGUUUUCUCUUGAGAUUAAAUGGAAUAAAAGC